GAUGUAAAUUCCAUCAUGGAAUCAAUGUAGAAUUUGUUGAUUGUCGCGAAGGCGACUUUUAUUACUGAAUACUCGAUUCCUGUGUACUGUUACUUUGGCUCCGGUCGUACCGAGAUUGUAUGGGUUCAGUGUGAUAAGCAAUCAUGGCGACUGAAUUCAUGUAUUCCAACAUGCACAACCCGUCAAUGGGGAGUCCAUAUAGUAACUCAAGUUACGGGGGGUACACCAAUGGGUACGCACCAAAACAAAAUGGGAAAAGCUUUGCCUUCAGGAAAAGAUUUGAGAAAGUGGACUGGCGAAAGAUUGCUUCCGUGGAUAUUAACCAGAUAGCUCAGACUCUGGACUUCAAUGCUCUACAGGAAAACAUCAUGAAUAUUACAUUUUGUAAUAUUGAAGCAGAACUGGAUUUACGUAUGGUGGAUCCAAAUUUUGUCAAGUUGUUUAAGCUAGGACAACUGUCCAUUGAAUAUUUACUGCACUCUCAAGAGUACUUGACUGGUGUGAUAACUUCCCUCGAGGAGAAAAUGAAGAAAUCUCAGGAGGAGCAAGGUGAGAUGAAACAAUCUGAAGAAAAGCUGAAACAGCAAUUAACGGACGUGAAGAAAGAGAGUCAUAAACGAAAGAAGUUACUGAUGGCCCAGCAACAGCUGAUUCAUGCCGGUUCUGGUAGUUAUAACAAGUGUCCGUUCUGCUCCAAGGCUUUCCUAAACAGUUCCUUCCUUCAAUCUCACAUGAAUCGUCGACAUGGCGACCAGUCUAUCCGUCCAGCGUCCAUUGCGCCUCCAACUCACCAGGAGCCAGCGAAACCGUCCGAAUUCCAACGCCAGAUGGAAGAACUCAGAGAGAGGCUACAAGCCACAGAGUCUCAACUACAAAAUGAAAAAAUCAAACGCAAACAGGAAAAAGAAAGAAAAAUGAAACUACAGCAAGUAGAAGGUAUCAAUGAUUCUGAGAAAGAAAUGUACCAAAGGGAAAUACAUGCAUCUAAUAAGAAAAUAAGUGACCUUGAAAGAGCUUUUAGCGAUAAGAUGUCAAAAAGAUCAGGCCUCGGAGAACUAGAGGACGAUGUUGAAGUUGAAAAAGAACUACUGCAGCAACAACGAGAGGAAGUUGCAAUGCUGAAGGAAGAGCUUGGUGUGAGGGUGAAAUCUGUCGAAUCCGAUGUAGAAAACAGGUUUGCAAAGCAGGAGAAGAAAUGGCAGAAAAAGGUCCAAAAUCUGACACGCCAACACGCAGAUGAUAUAGGCAAGCUAAACGUCGUCUUGGAAAAAGCUGGGCGUGCAAUGGCUGCCAAUAAGGAAAACCAACAGCAACAAAGAGAAGUUCAAUCUGUCCUCAAGCGAUCCAAGGAACAGGAGGAUCUGUUGAGAAGUCAGGGAUACGAGGAUGAGGUGGAAAAGAUGUACAGGGAAGAGCAGGCAAUAGCCCAGAGUGAGGUGACUCCUCUACGCCUUGGAAAUUCUAGUCAAGGAAGGAGUAUGAUGAUGCCAAGUGACGAUGAUGACGACGAAACCACAGAAAUGGCCACAGCUUCACAUAGCUUGACCCAGUCCCUACACAGUACCUACAGGAGUGGGGAGCUCACAUUGAGAACUACCCAGUUCCUGGAGGAACUGCGUAAGAACCCGACGCUGAAGGUGAUGCGCGAUGAACUGGCCUCUCUGUUACAGGACCACCUCCAGAAGAUUGGUAUUCCUCCUGAGAUGAGAGGCAUUCCAAAUGAUGUUCUUCUGAGUAAAAUGGGCCUUUUGAAAACCCGACGACAGGCUACAGUACAGAAAUAUCCAAUCUUUCCCGAGUUUCGACGACAGUGUAAUGCCUAUGCAGAACAGCAGGCAAAAGAAAGGCUGAAGGAAAUGAAGCGUUCUCCUGUCACAUCUCCAGCUGGAUCAAGGACCACAAGCCCCCAGAGACAACAAGGCCUCAGCCCACCUAGCCAGUCUGGAGGUCCCCGCAGGACACCACAAUCACCUGGAAAAGGCAACCCUUCUCGACCCGGUCAACCCCCUGUCCCCAAACCCCAACCGAGGGUACCGAGCCCACAGCGCACCAUGCAGUCAACUGGAACAACUAGUGGGGGACGCACUGGAUCCAGUGUAGACUGGACCAGCACACAAUGGGAUUCAGACGAUGACGAUGAGGAAAGUGAAGACGAGCCAGCCUUUCAACAUGUACGACAAAUUCAAUCAGGUCCUCGUCAAAUCUCUCCAACGCCAAAACCCAGGAUGUCACCCCACCGAACAGCGCCAGUGGGUCGCACUGCUGGCCCGCAGGUUAAAACUGUAAUUUCCAAACCUUUACAUGAUGAGGAGGAUGACUGGGAUGAUGAUGAAAGUGAAAUGGACCAGGGAGGAUUUGGUAAGCCAGCCAUUCAGAGGUCUAGCAGUGUGCCUUCCAGAGGACUAUCCAAUGUACAACCCAAGGGUCAAAAGGUCGCAGAGCUGUCCCGCUCUAUUGAAUUCCAGUUAGCUGGGAGGAAAGCAGCAAAACCUGCAGGAGGAGUUGAUAUGAUGGCUCGAGGAAAGAACGCAGAGGAGGAAUCUGACAGUAACUGGGAUGUGUCCUCAGUUGAAGAGGACAUUUCACCUACUAGAUCUGCUCCCAAGAAAGCUCCUACGCCAGUAAGAGGAAGCCAUGCCUCGGACACUACCAACACUUACGGAACCAGUGUUUGGGGAUCCUCAUCUAAAGGUGCCAGUACUGUGCCUGCAGGGUCUGCUGCAGGCAGGGGAUCGUUCGUCAGUGUGACGGAUGUGAGUUCGGACGACGAGCUAGACCUGGACAACAUAUAGACUUGAGAUCACCUUACUUGCCAUUUCAAUUUCCUCAUGCAUAUCCACAACUAGCACCUCUCCAUGGCCAGCAGAGCCAUACCGAUUCAAGUCUGUGAAAUAAUCAUGUUCUGUGUCUUCCUGAUGCGUGAGUCUAGACACCAAAUAGCAAGGGAUGGACAAACCCCCUGCACUGAGAAACUACAAUUUUUGGUACGGGGACGAACACCCUUCCUACACAGAGAAACUAGAACAUAUUGGUACCUCAAGUUCAGCAGGAGAACUUACAUUAAGACAGUUAUACACUUUGCCUUCAUUUUUAACCCUUUCAGCCCUAGGUAACAUUAGUAGACUCUACCAUACAUUUAUCUGGAUGAGUCCAUUAUGGUCUACAGUGGUGAAAAGGUUCAAUGUCUGUGAGAUUAGUUUGUGCUAAAGAAUACCGUCCAGUAUACCUUGUUUGACGAGAGAAUUGCCACCUGAUUAUGGCUCGUUAACUUAUAAUAGCUGCUUUUGAGACUAAGCAGGUAUUUCUUCAUUACUUAAACACUUUUGGGUAUCCCACAUAAAGAUGAGCUCUAGAUACAUCAGAGUGUAUAUGUUUACAUUCAUUUUGAUAUAUUUUAAGCAAAUGGCCAAAAGUACAUAAUUAUAAGUAGCACUUCAGUUUUUGUGAAAAAACAUAUAACAGCUCUAUGCUCUAGAACUGUAUUGUCUGUAAUUUAUAUUGGCAGCAAUGACAGUUAAGUCUAUCGUUUAACUCUUUUAUGGCGUCAGGCAUGAGUUACAAUUGCCUUUAUUUAUUUUUGCUGUAAAUUUUGUAAGCAAGGCCAUUCACUUGCAAUUACAGCAGAAAUAUUGUAAUGACCUUUUCAACAUGUUUUUCCUGUGCUGUCGUCAUUACAAAUACAAUUGUAAAUAUAUCACACUAUAUUUAGAUAGCAGCUCUAGAAAGCACAAGAUAUUAUGUAAAAUGUGUUAGACAUUUCAAACAUAUCAGUGAAUGUAAUAUUAUGCAUGUAAAUUAUUCAUGUUGUGUCACAAAAAUAUGCCCCAAUGAAAUUUCAAUUAUGUUAAAAAAAAAAGAAUUCACUAUGUUUUUUUGUUGAAUAUAACUUUAUACACAUAAAGUUUUCAAAAGCAUGCCUUUAUUUCAUAAACUUAAUAAACUUAAUUUAUUCAAUCUAUUUAUAUCACAUAAAGUGCAUUGGCCAAGAUAGUGCUUUUGACAUUUGCCAAUUUAAAUGUAAAGAAUGUGAUAUAGUUACCACCGGUAUAUUUUACAAUAAGCCUUAGUUCACAAUUAACUGAAUUUGAUAGAUUGUAAUAAUACAUUUUCAGAUGUUUUCAAAAUUAUGGUCAUUUAGUGAUCAUUUGAUGAUAUAAUUUGCAUGGUGAAGAAAUUUAGAUGAAAGUAGUUUGUGCAUUACAAUAAAAACAAACUAACAAACAUAUCUUUUGAUGCUGUGAACGUUUUACAAGGUUUUACAAGGUUUAAUGAUGAUACAUGGUUUUGGAUGUUGUAUGCAUUUUUGAAAUAGUUCCUUCCAAUUUUGUGAAUUUUCACAUUCAGACAUAACCUUAUACAUAACAACAGAUUUUCAGAAGAUACAUUCAGUUUAAAUAUAUCUACAUUAUUUUAACGUACUCGACUGUUAUCACUCCGUCCUGUGGUUUAACGUACCAGUACAUAUCAGUCGGCGUGAUUACUUACUACAAUAACAACAGGAAUGAUCAGUUAAGGUCUCCGUGUAUACAACUUAGCAUUAGGGCUGCAACGAUACCCAUAUCUAACGAGACAAUACAUAUCACAGUACGAUGCUUACAAUACGAUAGGUAUUGCGAUACAAAUAUCGGCUUAAUUAAAAGGUCAACUUCAUAAUGAUUGAGUGCAGGAUAUUAUCGAGCUUUGACAACGACUCCAAUAUUGAAUACUAUCUAUGUAAUUUGUUAACAUUCUAGUAGUUUUGGGUAUGACUGCACUGUUGACCGCAUCUUUACUGAAGGAUCAAAAAAUAAGAAUCAACUUUUUUAGUGUUUGAUCAAAUCUGAUUGGAAUUGAAAUACUGUGAGUGUAUCGCAUUACAGGCAAACAAACAACUUGAUACGAUACACAAAAAAGUAUCGCAAUAUGAUAUGAUACAAUAUAUAUCAUUGCAGCCCUACUUAACAUGGAUUUUGUGAUAAUAAGAAUGAUAUUUUUAAAAUGAAUAAGCUAGAUUUGUACAUAAUCUACUUUUCAUGUAAGCAGAUAUUUUGUUAUCUUUAAAUAUAUGUGAUGUUUUUUUCAGCACAAAUGUUGUGAAAUUCGGAUUUAAUUUUUUUCGUGCCGGAAGUUUUUUAAGUGUUGUAAAGUUAAAUUAAAAAAAGAUGCUCCGAAACUUUUAAAUGUUGUGACUUAUUGCAGAAUUUAUUUUGUUAGUGCCUCUUGUGAAUGCUCUGAUAUUAGUUGAUUCCCUCCAUAUAUACAGUGUAUAGUGUUAGUUUGUCAGCUGUGAAAAAGUGUUGCAUGAAAUUCAAUACUGUACGUCAUUUUUGGUCAGUUCUACAGAUUUCAGAUCUAAUGGCAUUGCUUAUUGUUAGAUUGAAUUCCUACUAAUUUUGCGACUUUGUAUUUUUGCAGGAAACAUGCAGUUCAGAAACAAGCAUACAUGAUAUUUAUUUCAUUUGAACUAUAUGCUUAAUUUGAAUAAUAGAUGAAUAUUAUUUUCUGUAAGGUUAAAUAAAAUAUUCUAAAAAUAGUAAAUAUAAGAAUGAAAAUGAUUUCAAUUGGAGUUUAUAAACUGUCAUUAUAGGUAUACCGAAUGAAAAUGACAAAUUCAAUGAAGUAUGCUGAAUGAAACCAUUUUGACCUGAACGAAAAAUCUUAUCACAAUGUACAUACUUUGCAAAUGCAGAAACUGUUGCAGAUUUUCAGCUGAUACUGCUCAGAAUGUAAAGUUUUCCCCCCUGAUAAUACUGCGUAACCUCAGUAAAUAACCUGGGGUUUGAAACUACAAUAUAUACAUUUACAAAUGUUUAUUAUUCAGAAUCUAUGCAAGCGAAAACAAAGGUAAUCUUGAAACUAUGACAGACUAAUCGUCAGCAAGUUAUUGAUAAGAAUGUGUUAAAGAAUUGUUACUCUAUAUAACUUUUGAAAUAAUUUUUACUCCGUUAAGUAUGUGAACCAGUAUGCAACGUACAAUGUACAGCUUGUAUAUGUAUAAAAUACCUUUAUAUGCUACUUGACAGAAUCUCGAAACUUUUGUUGCCUUCACCUACUCGCCAUUUGUCCGUCCAAACAUCAAUGAGUUAGGUUUUUAUUCUUUUUAUGUUUUAAGAUGUCUGAUAUUUCAUUGUAAUUGUGAUACAUAUUUGCCUUUUAACCGUUGUCUGAUGUACCUUAUUUGUAUUUCAUUACUUGUACAUAAAUUGUUCACUGUUAAUAUCUGAACUGCUAUUGUUAUACAUUUUCUACAUAUCAUGUUUUAAUUUUUGAAAAUAUGAUUCUAAAGGUUAAUGUUGGUUACUCAGUUCCGUGUUUUAUCCAACUUUGCAGAUUUUAAUUCUGUUGGUGAUUUCUGUGCCUUGUUUAACUUUAUGGUUGUUAGAUUAAUACUGAGAUUGUUUUAGCCAGUAUCAUUCUGUAACACAACAACGUCACACUGUUGUUUAACAUCAUCUGAUAACAUAUUCUGACAAUCUGGUUGGAAUCCUCAAUACUCCAGGGGUUAUGCUUAUUUACGUUCUCUGCAGCCCUGGAAUAUGUCAUGACAAAAUUGAAGGCUCAGUGAGUGUGCGCUAUGUUGUGAAUGAGACAAGACAAGUUUGAUCCUUCGAUGUACAUCAGAAGAAUCUUGUGGUGGCGUAACGAUAAAAAUUGACUGACUUUGAAGUCGGGUGUCGCUCUGUCAUCUUCAAAGGACAGGUAUCAGCCUAGCGAUUGGUCAGGGUUUUUUUGUUACCCGAGAUCAAUCAAAAAGAUCUAUUUGUGCCUUCAGAUUUGCUAUGACAUAUUCAAGGGGUGCUGAGAGCGAAAGUGAGUGUAACCCCAGGAAUAUCAGGAAUAUAUGCUUGGCUGGUGAAGCAAGAAGUCAGGAGCAUUCUGUAAGGCUGUGUCAGAAAUUGAAUAAUUAUUUUACACCAAACAACCCACAUAUAGUCAACCUCUAGUAUAAUGGUAAUGUCUAAAAAUCUCUUAGAGGAAACUUACAACUCUGAUUUUGAAUGAAAAACACUUUUCCUGUGUAAAAAUGUUUUGCUAAUGAGAAGCAAGAUCAUGCUCUCCUGCAUACCUAACUUAAAUUUUUAAACC